UGCAGUAUGACACUUCACCUUUUAGCUCUUUUCUACAAACCCUAACUGCUCCACAUUAAAUUCACCUCUCUCUCUCUCUCUCUCUCUUCUCCAUUACUCCUUCUUCCAUUUCUCUGUCUCUUACCAUUCUUUUUCACAUUUUUAUAUAACAUCCAUUUCUCUAACCUAGCCCUAUAAACCUACAUACAUAUCACCUUUGUUUCUAUUCUUCUUUUUCAAUAUUAACACCAAAACUUAUCAUCAAACUUUUAUUCAACAAUGGGGCAUCACUCUUGCUGCAACAAGCAGAAGGUUAAAAGAGGACUAUGGUCACCUGAAGAAGAUGAAAAACUUAUCAACUACAUCACUACUUAUGGACAUGGUUGUUGGAGCUCUGUCCCUAAACUUGCUGGAUUGCAAAGGUGUGGAAAGAGUUGCAGAUUGAGAUGGAUAAAUUAUUUAAGACCUGAUUUGAAACGUGGAAGUUUCUCUCCACAAGAAGCUUCUCUCAUUAUUGAACUUCAUACUAUUCUAGGAAACAGGUGGGCUCAAAUAGCAAAGCAUUUACCAGGAAGAACAGAUAAUGAGGUGAAGAAUUUUUGGAAUUCAAGCAUAAAGAAAAAACUACUAUCUCAUGAUCUUCAUCAUGUACCUUCAUUUUCUUCUGAUAUUCAUCACUGUCCUACUAGAAAUCUUUCUAUGGAAACUUUCUUCCCUUUAAAUGACAAUCCUACCCUUACUAACUCCCUUCAUCUUCAUCAUCACUUAGACCAACUUUUCCUUCCAUCUCAAAAUGAUAAUAAUCUCAAUUUCCAACACCUUCACAAUCCAAUGCUGCCACAAACAUCUUCUUAUGAAUUUGAUACAUGGUACUCAUUCAUGACCUCUCUUCCUAUUCAUAUCAAUCCAAAUCAACAUACCAUCCAAAACUAUAAUAAUAUUAUUCUUGACAAUUUCAUCAAUCCAAAUAAUACAUACCAACACUAUGAUACUCCUAAUUUGGUGGAACUUGAACCUAUUAAUGUGCCAAAAGUGAUUUGUGAAACCAAUAUGAAGGAUUAUGUUUGUAGCAUUCCAUUUUCAUCACAAGAAAACCAAAUUCAGGAGUCUGCAACCGCAAUUUUAAACCAUGUUGAAGAGGGUAUUUGUCAACAAGAUCAUCAAAUUGUUGCAACUCAAGUGGAGUAUAUUGAUGCUGAUCUCAUCAUGUCAUCAUUGCCAAUAUCAUCAACAACAUCUUCAUCAUUUUACCAAGGUGACAAAUUAGUCACAAAACCUAUCAUUCCUUCAAGUAAUUGGGAGUCCUCAUGAGCAUGAAUUGCCUAGUGUGGCUACUUCAUAUAUAAUAACUAAUAUAUAGUUAUUUUUAUAUGUAUAUAUAGGAUGAUUUGAAUUAUUAAUUAAUUCCAUGUAUGCAUUUGAAGGGUAAAAAGUAUAUGCAUUUAAUUUAUGGUAUCUUAAAAUUUGGAAUAAGUAGUAGUAGUAGUAGAAGUGUUGGAAAACAUGAGUGUUGCUAGUUCAGGAUGUAUCAUUAAGAGAUGGUUGUUCAAGUUUCAUAAAUAUGUCUACUUUUUAUUCACAUGUUUGUCAACUAAAAAGUUAUAUAAGUAUUUUUAUGUAUGAUUUAUUUCUAUUGUGAACAUUAAGUGUACUGUAUAUUUAUUAAUGUAUAACAAAAUAUUCA